CUUUUGAAGUAUACAUUAUUAUUGACGUCAAGCUAUACUCAGAUGUCAAAUACCUAUUCAAUUUUUGUACGAGCAGUUCGGUGUUUCCUGAAAUUUACAAAAUUGUAGUGUGAGCCGUAGACGAUGAACGGCGAAGGCGAACCACCCGACAUUCCCAUCGAGUACGAACCGGUGGACGAGGGUUGGAGUGCCUGCGACGAGUACUACGACGCUGAGCAAGAUGAUGCCUAUUACGACGACUAUUACUACGAGGACGGAGACGUAAUCGAAUAUCAAAGGCCUUUUCCUGAUGUUCGGGACGACUACCGUGCCCCAGUGGCGCACCCCUAUGCAAAUAUGACCAGACCAAGAACAAGCCCAGACGCCGAGCUUGUCCAGUACGAAACAGAUCUGGCGGUUAACCCUUUGUCGAAGUCGCAGCACAACAUCAGCCAGGCAUAUCGACUCGGAUGCGAUCACGACAACGUGGCGCUCUUUGAUUCCAGAACAGGCAACUAUUACAGAAUGGUGACGGAGAACUAUUGCGGUCCGGAGCUGAGGAUUGCCAGACCGGUGCUCGACGACGCCAAGUCCGGAGGGAGGCGCUGCCCAACCACCGUCAAAAUUCCCAAGUUUUACAAAAGGGCCAGCGGCUCAGGACUGUAUAAACGACCCUCAUCAUCUUGCACCCCAGCGAUUUCCCAGCAACAGGAUCACGUCGUGAUUGAAAGACCCCGUUCGGCUGUGAGCAGAGCUAGGACUCCGGAGACGCAGGUGCGUCACAAGGAAGAAGUUGUGCAAGAAGAACACCACAUAAUGGAUUCUGGAGGAGACGUUACCACAGAAGAAUACUUAUCGCACUUGGACAAAGUCCUUGCUAAGUACGAAGCUGAAUCACGCAAAGGUCCCUUCUGCGUCUACGAAAACAGUCCAUUGGCAAAACUUGCCAAAACCCUUAAACCAAGAAUUCCGAGUUCUAUUCAGCAACGCAUGGAAAGACAGAAGGCCAAGGAAAAGAUGAAGGUGCUUGAAAACUACGAAAUCCAUACAAUUCCCAAGACUCAGUUAAAUGCAACUGGUGGAGAAAUUAAAAUGACCCCUGAUUCAUUGGAAGAACUGUUGGAGAAACUUAGACAUAUGAAGCCUAACAAUCGAGCCUCCAACGACAGCAAAACUCCCAAUGAAACCAAACCCAAUCAAGAACCUGCCUUUCAGAAACAGUACCCACAUACCGUUACACAAAAACCCCCCAACUCAUUGAAAAAAUGCUAUAACUACCAAGACAUUUCAGACAAACUACAAAAAUCCUCAUCAUACCACAUUUCAACUAUACCACUAGGACCCCAAUCCACUGAAGAAAUGGAAUUACCAAAAACCAACGAAGAAUCACCACUACUGCAGGAAGAAGCCUUACCCCAAACGAAACAAGAUAGCUUCACUCAAUACAUGGAAGAAAAUUACGAAUUGGACGUGAAGGCCUCGCAAACAAGCAAUGCUAGUUGCAAAAACAUAACGACUCAAACUUUGGACGAUAAUAGCGCUUUGGAGCUGCACAGAUCCAAAAGUUACAUUGUUAAUUUGAUCGACAGAGCCCUGAGCAAGGAACUGGGAACUGUUCCGUCAUCUCGAUGGAAUGAAAAACAAAUUGAAAAUUUCAACACAAAGAAGGCGAUAAAACUGAUAAACAGACAUAAGCAACAGCCAAUUCCACAGGAAAUCGAAAAAGAUGACUGCACUGAUCUAGCACCGAUUUUACUCGAUUCGAUAAUAUCGAAUGAGUCAGUACCAACUGAAAGUAGUCAACUGCCGAGUACUAGCGAAACCACAAGUAAAACUUGUUCUUGCCGUGAUCAACCUGAAUAUGUAAAGCAGUUAAGGCAGUUGCGUUGGAGCCAUCUGAAGCACAUUCAGAAGGAAGUGAAACAAUUGGAGGAGUUGGAAAGGUUCCUGGAUUCUUGUGGGGAUCUGUAAACUUAAGUGGUUUUUGUUGAUACUGUAUUGUCAUUGUGUAAAAUAAGAGCACCUUUUUAAUUUA